AUGCCCUCCAACAUGCCUCCCCAGAACACAGAGGCUGACACCAUGCAGGUCGGAUCUCUGGUGGGUGGGGUUAGCAGCAAAAACUCCACCGCAUCAGGCUUGGAUGAGGAGAAAGGAGGAGCAGGAGGCGAGACGGAUGGAUUGGGAGGCGGAGGCGGAGCGGCAGAAGGAGGCCGAGGAGGAGAGGAAUCUGCUAGCGAAGGAUCGAUCGAAGGGAUUCCUUUAAAGCGAUGGGUGAUGCACGGAGCCGUGAUGUUCGGUCGGGAGUUCUGCUACGCCAUGGAGACAGCGCUGGUGACGCCUGUGCUGCUGCAAAUAGGUCUUCCAGAGCAGUACUACAGUCUGACGUGGUUCCUCAGUCCAGUUCUUGGCCUCUUGUUCACUCCUCUGAUCGGCUCGGCCAGUGACCGCUGCACUCUGCGAUGGGGCAGGAGGAGACCGUUCAUCCUGGCUCUCUGUAUAGGAACACUGAUUGGAGUGGCUCUGUUUCUGAAUGGAUCACUCAUAGGUCUGUCACUUGGUGAUGAGCAGGGGAGACAACCAAUAGGGAUUGUUCUUACUGUGCUGGGUGUGGUGGUGCUGGACUUUUGUGCGGAUGCCACAGAGGGACCAAUCAGAGCAUACCUGUUAGACGUGGCAGACACAGAGGAGCAAGACAUGGCACUGAAUAUCCACGCCGCCUCUGCAGGUCUAGGCGGCGCAGUCGGCUACGCGCUUGGAGGUUUGGACUGGACGCACACGUUCCUCGGAGCAGUCUUCAAGUCGCAGGAGCAGAUCCUCUUCUUCUUUGCAGCCAUCCUCUUCUCUGUCUCCGUCGUGCUGCAUCUCUUAAGUAUCGAGGAGCAGCAGUACUCCCCGCAACACGACAGGCUCGAGCAGGAAAGUCUGGAUCCUGCCCACCUUCAAACAUCGGCCAAUGGCAGGGCCGGACUUCUCGGCGCCAAAUUAGAAAUGAUCGGUGAGGAUGAUACGGUAGAGAGCUACGACCUCUAUGACCCAUACGAAGAUGACCAGUCAGAGCAUGGAGACAUGGACUUCCUGGAGGUGGAGCUUGUGAGAAGUAAAAGCGACAGCGUCCUCGCCAUGGCAGACGCAACCCUCGAUCACCUCGACCACGAUGCGAUGUUCUUGUGCCACAUAGAGCCUUCCAUCUUCGCCGAUCACCUCUCGCCCUAUCACGGCUCCCCCUCCACGACCACUCCCUUCUUCAACCCCAAUCGCAGCACCCCACCCCCCCGAUUCGCCAGCAUCAGACGCAGCAGCAGCACGGGAAGUCAAGACUUUCUCCGCCCCCAAAACAGCAGCAAUCAAACGAAUGUUACCACCCCCAGGAUUUCCCGCCUCUCAGCUUUCCUGCAAGAAAUGGAAAACGACGACGGGCAGGAGGCGCUGCUGAACAACCAGCUCAACGAGCAGCGGACGCUGAACGGGCGGCUGUUAGCCAGCGUUACUAAUACUGACAGACUUGGCACUAACAGGCUGAGCUCCAAAGGACAGGCACACCGUGCUGGAAUGGUCAAAGCUGCCAGCACUGGAGCUCCUAUGAGACAGUCACGCCACCGCCACACCUUCUACCGCCAGCCGUCCUGCACUUUUUCUUACUACGGCCGCGUGGGUAAUCAUCGUUACCGCUACCGCCGAGCCAAUGCAGCUUUUCUCAUCAAGCCGUCCCGCAGCAUGAAUGACCUGUACGAAGUGGAGGCCAGGCACAGGAGGAGGAACAGGCAGAGGAACAGACACCGCAGCGGGAACACCAACUCCUCCAGCGGGGACACGGAGAGUGAAGAGGGCGAGGUUGAGACCACCGUGCGCCUGCUGUGGCUCUCCAUGCUAAAGAUGCCCCAGGAGCUGCUGCGGCUUUGUGCCUGUCACCUGCUCACCUGGUUCUCCAUCAUUGCAGAGGCGGUCUUCUUCACCGACUUCAUGGGACAAGUCAUCUACCACGGAGAUCCUAAAGCUCCUUCUAACUCGACCUUAUUGGAUAACUAUCACAAAGGAGUUCAGAUGGGAUGCUGGGGCCUGGGUAUAUAUGCCAUGACUGCAGCUACAUGUUCAGCUAUUCUUCAAAAAUAUCUCGACAACUUUGACUUGAGCAUUAAGGUUAUCUACAUCCUGGGUACACUUGGAUUCUCCAUAGGAACUGCAGUCAUGGCAAUUUUCCCUAAUGUGUACGUGGCCAUGGUGAUGAUCAGCAGCAUGGGCAUCAUCUCCAUGAGUAUCUCCUACUGUCCUUAUGCUCUACUGGGACAAUAUCACGAAAUGAAAGCGUAUAUCCAGCACAGUCCUGGCAACUCUCGCAGAGGCUUUGGCAUCGACUGUGCCAUCCUGUCCUGUCAGGUGUACAUCAGCCAGAUAUUGGUGGCCUCAGCUCUGGGUUCUGUAGUGGAAGCUGUUGGCAGCGUUCGUGUCAUUCCCAUGGUGGCCUCUGGGGGCUCCCUCCUUGGAUUCUUUACUGCCUGCUUCCUGGUUAUUUAUCCAACUCCAAACAACGGGGACGGGGAAUCAGCCAAAGCUUCAGAGAAACGGACUUUGCCAUCGCUGGAAAAUCCCAAUAGCGGCGAAGGGGCUGUUACCGUAGUGAUUGAGAAACCCAGCUUCCUGAAACUCAACAAGGAGGGGAAGGCCACCAGCACUACUGCUUCCUGUCAGGUGGAAAAUGAGUCUGCUCUGUGAUUGGCUGACUGCGCUGACAGACACUUUGCUGCAGAAACAACUUGAUUUGUCAUAGCUGAUGGAAAAGACUCAAAGGUGUGCCUUGAUGUGGAUUUGCUUUGGUCCACUCUUGGCGUUUGUUCUGGCUUUAACAGGGUUUUUUUUUUUUUAAUUUAAAUUUACAUGUCACACUGAAGAAAACAUCACAGUCUACCGUGGGACCAGCGUCACAUUAGACCAACUUACCCAACAAAAGUCAUUCUGGUCCCAGUGCCGCUUCAGCUGUUGACGAAGUUCCUUCCACUUAUCCUUUACGGACUUUUGAUCGAUCCGUCAGGGUCGUCCAGGAUUGAGUAAUUAAUUGGCCGUCGUUUUAAGGAGAGGUUGUCUCCUGUCUCUCAGGGCCUCUAGGAGGUGCUACUGAGCAGCCACCUGGACAGGAAACUUCAGGGGACUCACAUACAUACUCAUUCAAACCCUCACACGCACACAUUUCCUCAUCUAAGUUCAACACAAUCGAAUGAACACCCUAAUAAUGAACUCUAUCGAUGAACAUUAGUCCUUGAAGCUGCAAUCAUUACAAAAUGCUGAAAAUCGUUCUUCCGCACUGUGGAGUCAGGUUGAUUGAGUUUUUGCUUCGUGAUGUGGACGCUGAUUUACGAGAAUGUGUGUGUCUGCUGACUUAAAACACCAAAACAACCCCAACAACACAGUCGGCUUUGCGGGACAUUGCAGCGACACUAGCUUUAAGACUCUAAAGACUUUUGGAAGUGGCAUUUUUUGAAAUCGCAAGCCCGAAGCCUGGUUCCUGGGGAAUUUAUUGACCAUAAAAUUGAUGCUGUUGCCCUCUUUCAUAUGGCAGGACUGACAAAAUCUUUAAUUCAGCCUUCAACGCGGGGAAAAGAGGACAAUAAUCCAGAGGAUCUGCUCAGAAAUAUUGAGCAUGAGAAUAAAGUCGCAUGUAUAUCGAACGAUAAAACGACAGUCAAAAAAUACGCAUGUUUACCGGGUGAAAUUCGACAAGCGUGAAAAUAAGAGCCUAGAUGCAGUGUGUGCAGUAUAUGGGGCAUUACAAUCAAAUAUUGUUUUCAAGAUUUAGUGAGGAACCACAGUGAUGUUUCUGUUUGUUUUGACUAAUCAAACUAACCUAUGCUGCAUGUUAGACUAGCUGAGGAGCGACAAACCAAACACCAGAGAGGAAGAGAAAAAGGAAACCGAGUUGUUCUCCUUUUCUUAACUUUUUCACUUAUUUUUUUGUUUGUUUUAAAAAAGAUACUGUCAGCAUAAAGUUUGCUACUCACUGCACAUUGUUGGAAAAGAAAUGUCACAAGGUUCAGCUAGAACAGCGUUACCUUUUGGAUUUGGGGUUCUAAUAUUUUUUAUGGAUGCUGAAUUUUAUGGAAAUGUUUAAAAAAAGGCAAACAAAUCUCCAUUGUGUUGACAGUAGUCAUUUAUGACAACAGUUUAAAACUUGUUGCUUAAGCUUCAAGAGAAGGUCAUGGCCCUGUUGUGGGACUUUCCACAUCACCAAAAGAAGAAGAACAGAGUAGAUUCUAUAUUUUUCAAAGCAGACCCGGACCCGGUUUUAAGCACUGUAACUUUCACAGAACAAAAGAUAGCACCAAGAAUUUAGAGUUUCACUAAUUUUGAUUGAAGUGUUGUGACAUUUAUUUUACAAUACAGUCAAAAGGCUUUGGGAAAAAUGGUUAAAUCUGCUGUGGUAGCCACAGCAAAGGAAGCAAAACUGCCGAGUUUAGCAAUCCUUAAAGCCAGGAUAGAUACGAAGACCUUGAUGACUGAGUGUGCGAUGACGUUAAACGAUCUUAAUCUUCUAAAUGUUUCUUUAGCUGAUUAUGCUGGACUUGUAAAAAGUCAUUUUAAAGUGUUGUGUUGUUUGUGCCCCAAUAAAUCAGGCCUUUAGUUGCAAUAAGGACCCUUGUUGAUCAGAGUACUGUGCAGAGCUUGUGCAGGCUGAGCAGGGUUGUUGUUGGUGGUGCAUAUUUUUGGGUCAGUUUUCCUUUCAUUUCAAUCAGCCGAAGCAAGCAGCUUGAAGGGAAACAAAAUGUAAAUUGCAGUGGGGGUGAUGACUAAAUAGAAAGAACUGUUUGUAUGUAUGAACGUAUGUAAAGCAUUUAGUGGAAAAGGUGUUUUUAUUUUGGUUUUUUUUUUAACUUGGGCGACUUUAGAAGAGAAUUCAGAGGAUGGCUUUUUUUGGAGGGGGGGACAUGUUUGUGAUUUUUCACUCAUGUGCAAAGUUUAACAUUUUCUUCUAAUACUAAUUCGAUUCCUUCCAUACUUUCAGGUACAUUGAAUCAGAGAGUAAGAUAAAACGUUGCUAAGAUUGAAUGUUUUAAAAAAAGGCCCCUGCAGCCAUUAGCGCAAUAAAAUAUUCUGAAUAAACAUAAAAAAAUAAUUUAAAAAAUCAACUUUGGGGUUAUGGAGCUUUGCAUGCGACGACAACGAUAUGCAUGUUCAGAACACCAAAGUGUGACUGUACAAAUCACUCAAGCUCUUUUCUUUAAUCGUAAUAGGUCAGGGAUGUAUUUUCUAAUGCACGGCUGGAUGUUUGUGUCUUUUUGUUUUCGUUUGAACUUAAAUGUGUUAAAAAAAAAAAACUUAAACGCAACAUGUACUCUUUAAGCUGAAGCAUUGUGCUUGGUCUGGGUCAGUACACUCCUAACAGGUGAGUGAGUUUUCAACAUCCACUUUAUCACUUUUCAAGCUGGAAAGUGAAGAAAUGUGUUACAGGAUGAGACGUCCUUCAUUACAAGUGUAGGUUAGAGACUCCUGGCCGUGAAUACUUGAAGUGCAACUAG